UUUUGCUUCUUUAUAAGGAUUUGUUUAAUUAACUAAUUUAGAGCAAUAUUGUGAAUUUGUGAGGUCCUUAUUUGUCCACUCAUUGGCUGGCUCUCUCCUGUUCCCUUUUAAUUUUGAUUGCAGAAGAGCACAUCAAAAGGUUGUGAUUAUUCAACUUCCGGAGAUGACGAGUAUCCUCGCGAGCUAUCCUCCGACACGUUUGCUGGCAGCCGGCGACAGUUUUGGUCAUCAUCUUCACAAAGUAACCGAUUGCAGCAGAAUUCUCUGUUUUGUGUGUUCGAACUCGGAUAAUCUUAUUCGUUCCCGCGUUGUAAGGCGGAGGCCCUUUGACGAUUCCCGCUGGGUGGUUUUAUCUGCUAAAUUUGAUAGGGUUCGAGGAGAUGAUGACUCGGAGGAUGAUUUUGUAGAAAGCGGAAGCGGCCCAGUUAACAGUGACAUGAUUAGGGAAAAGCUUGAAAAAAUUGUUGGGACGGAUGACUCCAGUUUCAGCGGAUUAGAUCUUGCAACUCUUAUACGGAAUAAAUAUGGGAGGUCGUAUGAUGUUCAAUUAAUCAAGAAGGAGUUCAUGGGCAGAAAUCUACUUGCGAUGAAUGUCAUGUGGAAGUACAUGGAGCAGAGAUCUUUUCCACUGACUGAAGAAGAAUAUAUUUUGAGGCUUGAUGAUGUGGCAAAUGCUUUGAAAUGUUGGGGAGCUGUCUCACAUGUAAGGAGCACUCUUGAGAAGUCAAAAGAACGACCUCGGAUUGGAAAGGUUAGCUCUUGGCUUUUGAUCUUAAACUUGACAUUGCUUCUCUUGAAUAAUAGAAAUAAGUUUUUAAAUGCUCAAUAUGUAUUUAAAACUUUAACACUUGAGCUUAGUGAAAAAGCGAAGAAGUUUCGUAAUAAGGCAAUAUCGCCUCCUCUUGAAGAACAGUGGGAUCAUCUAUUUGGAGACACGGUUGCUAUUGGGUUAGGUUGUGUAGCACCUUCCGCCAUUCAUGAAUUUUUGAACAAUAAAGAGCCUUACUCUUCUCGGUUAGAAGGUUUGGAACAAGAAGAGAACGGUUCUUGGUAUGAUUUUGUGGCUAUAGUGAAUGGUAAUGAUCCAGAUCAUCCACCAAUUCAUGCCAAUACAGCUCCUAAUAUUGUCUUAAAAGCAGUAAGCAUUUUUAUAGAUAUGGAUGAGUCUGGUGGUCGCGCAAAGGAGUGGAUAUACAAUCGUAUGUCUCUUAUUCAGAGUGGUGUCCUUUUUCUGGAAGCACUUACAAAGCACCAUGGUACGCCAGCCGCUAUUUGGUAUAUAUUUACAAAACAGGCCGCUGAGCUAUCCUGCAUUUUGGAUAGUAAAACUGAGACGAGCUUUGAGAGAAUGGUUUGUGAUCUUCAAUGGCAUUUGUACAGGACGAGCAUAUUGUCUUGA